AUGAAAGAGUUCAGAAGCUGUAGCAGCAGAUCAUCAGGAUCAAAGAGGACAUAUGAAGAGGCGAGUCUAACAGAGGACUCUGAAUUAAUAAGUAGAAAUAUUAAUGAUAAAAAAAAUAACAUUAACAAAGGUAAAAGAAGGUCAAUUAGUUUGUCAAAUAAUUUUUUUAGCGUGGAUGAUUUUUCUAAAUAUGAAGAUUCUCUCAAGUUAAAUAACAUCGAACAUGGGGGUGAAGAAAUAGAAAAGUACUUAAGUUGUGCUAUGUACACUAGUUUAACUAGCAAAAUAAAAAAUACAAGUGAUGACGAAGAUCAGGGUGCCACUGACAAAAAAAAGGAUAGAAAAAGAUUUGGAAAAUACAUAAAAGAGAAUAUAGUGGACUUAGAAAAAUUUAAAAAUAUGCUAUUUAAGAAAUCUUUGUUAUAUCAAAUGAGAUGUCUUAAUCAUAAUGCUGCGUGGAUAUUAGAAUUGUCAAAAGGUAAAGGUAAAGGAAAAACAAAAAGCCAACUUUCGAAUAAUCCAAUAUAUAUUAAACCGUUCCUUUCAUAUAAUAAGUUUAUUCGUUUGUUUUACGAAAAAAAAUAUAAAGAUGCUUACAUCUUAUUAGGCAGAAUUUGUAAAUAUUGUUUUUUUCCUACUAAUGAACUAAAUAUAUUAUAUGAUAAUUUUUUUGAAAGAAAAAAUUAUAAUUUACAUUAUUUAGUACGUUCGAUAGCUUCAAUGCAAAAUAGCAUACUACAUGAGAAGUUGAAAUAUAACUUGAAAAAACGAGAAAGGAAGACAAAUAUUUUUACGAAAAUAAUGAAUGGAAAUACGUCCCUUCCCCCAACAAAAAAACAAAAUAUACCUUUUGGUAAUUUGUUUUUCGGAAAAGAUACAAUUAAAAAUGAGAGUCUUAAUAAAAAUGGUUCCACUUCAAGAUAUGUUAAAAAUAUAAAAGAAAAAAAAAAAAACAAAUCGUUUGUAAAUUAUAAAUUUCCUAUAUUUGAAAAUUAUGUAAAUAAUAUGUGUAACAAAUUUCUUCAAAAGGAUAUAUUUAAAUCAAAAUACUUCACAAAAAAAAGAGAGAAAAAAAAAUUCCACUCUCACUAUAGGUAUCCAGGGGAGAAUAGCUUCACGGAUCGUUACACAGGUUCACAUCUUACUUCUCGUGAGUCAAAAAAAGAAAUGUAUAGAACAGAAAACAAUUUAGGAGAUAAAAUUUUGGAAGAACAAAAGAGAGCAUAUUCCGAGGUGGAAUGUAAAAAAAUAGUGAACACAAAAACAUGUAAAGAGAAAAAAGCGAAUUGGACAGAUGAUCAAAUGAUGAGGAAUUGUGGUGAGAGAAUGAGGAAUGAUCUUUUUUCUAAGAAAAAAUACUGUUAUAAAAAUAGUAAAGAUAAUAUGAAAGUAGAUAUAAAGUUGUUAAUAUUUCUAAAAAUGUUGUCUCUAUAUAUGUAUGGUCAUUUUGCUUGUGAAAAUAACCUGAACAAAAUAGGCAAUGUUCUGUUAUAUAGAAAAAAAAGUAUGCAUAAUUAUUAUGAGACUAAAUCAACAUAUGGUAAUGAAACACUUAAUAUAAAAGGUGCAAUGAAAAAAGAAAUAUUAAUGUACAUUGCCAGAUACAUGAAGUGCUUAAAAAAAAAACUAAAAUUUGAUACAUAUCUAUAUUUAUUGCUAAGUAUAGUUUAUUAUGACUUAAAAAAAUACAAUAAAAGUUUAUUUUAUGUAAAGAAAAGCAUUAAGAAAGAUAACUUUAAUUUUAUAUCAUGGGUAUUAUUUAAUAAUUUAAUUUCCAUAGAGGUGUUUAUUAUUCAGGGGGGUUGUUCAAUCAUAGGAAGAUGCAGAAAAAGUAGUUAUAAAAAAUUGUUAAGCAAAAAAUUAAAAAACUCAAAGGUGUGUGGUUGUAUUGGUGAAAAUAUCAGUAAGAAGGAGAAAACAUUUUUAAAAAGAAAUAUGUUCUUAGAUAAUUCGAACAGGUUGAAAAAACUGUGCAGUUGUUUAUUUGAAAACGAAUUUUUUCGAAAUAUCAAUAGUAGUCGCAUGAACGUAAUGAAAAAUUAUAACACGUACAUUUACAUUAACCCUUUUCUUAGUUUGGACAAGUCUUUCUUUUUCAAAAACAAUUAUUUUGUGAGUAACAUUUUUAGUAAGGAGAUUAUCACUGAGGGGAAAAAGAAGAAUAAAAAAAGGGGGGUGGAGAAAAAGAUAAAGAGGGGGUGGAAGAAGAAUGUAAAAAGGGAAGAAAGAGUGGAUACUAAUCAAACGAAUAACAGUCUUAUUGAAAAAUACCAAAUGUACUUACAGAAACACAAAUUCAAAAAAAAUAUAAUGUCUCUGUUUGGUUUUGCUCAUUUUUGCUCCCUGAACAAUGUUUUGUAUAAAGACUCUAUAAGUACAUACGAGUAUUUAAAAAGAAUCUUAUCUAAAAAUUUAUACAUAUCAUGCGAACUAGCUAAAUUAUAUUAUUAUAGUGGAAAGUUUAAUAAAUGUAUGAAAUGCUUUAACAAAAUACAACAAAUUAGUAGUAUAAAUAGACUUUUAAAAAAAGAAAUGAUCAAUAAAUGUUUCAUUCGAUAUUUAUGGAAAAGAGACGAAAAAGAAGAACAUCAUAGUGAUAAUAAAACGGAAAAGGAGGAUACAAAAUCUGAGCAUAUUCUAGAUUGUUAUAAUGAAGAGAACGUUAAGGUUAUUAGUAUGAAAAAGUAUAAAAAUAUGAAAAAGCUACUAGUUCCUUUAUAUUUUUCAGACAAAUAUAUUUAUGUGGAACUUUUAGCGAAUAUAUUUUUUUUUAAAAAAGACCUUUCUUCAUUGUUCAUUCUUGUGCAUAAUUAUCAAAAUGAAGUUGUUAAAUCGAGUAGAAGGAUUGAAGCUGUGUGCGAUGAGAAAUGUUUCUAUGUUUUGGGAAAAUACUUUUCGUUAUGUAAAAAUUAUAAUAAAUCUAUAUUUUAUUUUAAGAAAGCAAUUCAGAAAAACCGAUUUCACCUAUAUUCUUAUAUGAGUUUAGCUCAGGAAUAUUUCAUAUGUGGAAAUGUUAAUAGUUCUAUUUUUUUAUUAAUAAAAAUGUUAGGAUUAUAUUUUAACAAUUCAAAUGCAUGGUUUAGCUUGGCAAAAUGUUUAGAGUAUAAAGAGUAUUAUUCCUUUUCUGUCUUUUCUUAUAAAAAGGCUAUUUAUUUUCAGGUUAACACAGUUUUUUAUUACUUUUUGGCUAAUAUGUAUUUAAAAAAAGGAGACAGAUAUAAUUAUAUUGAAACGUUGAAGAGAGGGUGGAGGCUUAAGAAAAGCAUACUAUUUUGCUCUAAAUUGUUUCAUGUGUACUUUUCCAUAUUAAAAGAAGCAGAAGCAUUAGAAGCAAAGGAAGAGAAAACAAAGGAGUUAACGCGAAUUUACAAUUCAAAAAAAAAGGAAAAUGGCAUCUUCUGUUUUGGUCAAAAAACAAAUAAGGAAUGCUGUUGUUAUAAAAAAAAUAAUGACUGCUUCACAUGGUGUGUUAAAUAUUUAAAAUGUUAUAUAAAAAAAUUAAAAAAAAUUGAACAUACAUCUUCAUUUCCUAUAUUAAGUAAAGAAAAACUACUAACAUAUAAUUAUUAUGACGACUCUAUAUUGUUCAAAAAUGUAAGACAUGACAAUUGUGUAAAAUAUAUAAAUAAGCUGUGUUCAACUCACUUCACCACAAUUUACGAUAAAAAUACAAGUUUUUUUUUUUUUUUCCAUUCGUUGAGAAAUUCUUGUACUACUAUAUUUGAAGCUAUUUUUUAUUUAGCAAAUUAUUUUUUUUUCCAUAAAAAAUUUUAUAACGCUAUGAAAUUAUUUCAAAUUUUGUGGACAGGAGGCGGAAUGUACUCGGAGUUAUCGUUCACAUUAUUUAGACGAAUAGAACAUACAUUAGAACGGAAAAGAUUAACAAGAGAUGGGAUAGAUUUGCAGGAUUCGUGA